CCAGCACACGUGAAAGUCCUUUCAUCGAAGAAAACGGAUAUAAACGGGACAGUAACUUGUUUUAUUUUAUUUUAUUGUAUCAUACGUACGUCUUAUGGCAACAUCGUCCGUGAAUUUCGUCCUUAUAUACCUAGGAGUAUGUUUGUCCCAAUGCAAAGACCUCCGACAUUCUUCGGAUGACGAUCUCUUGUUACCCUACUCCAAAUCCCACGGCCCAUCUCAUUCCCACCGCCAUGUGAGGGACUGUCAGCCCGUCACUCAUGGCAAUGUAACCCAUGAAACCUGGGCAGCAAGCAAACACUCGAACUCUCCAGUGUUCGAGUCAAAUAUAUUCAUCUCCGACAGAACAGAUGACUCUGGUGUUCACAGAUGGGCGAGCGGCCACGUCACAGAGGUUCAUGACCCAUUGAGAUCCGUGUCCGUUCUGGAACCAAGAGGCCCUGCAGGGUGCAAGUGGAGUCACAGAGAACUGGUGGAGCUCACUGCCAAAACUAGAAAGUGCCUCGUCGCCCAGAAUGGAGGCUUCUUUGACAUUGCAGACGGGCAGUGUUUGGGGAAUGUCAUAAGUGAUGGGAAACUGGUGAGGAACAGUGGAGGAAUUCAAAAUGCUCAGUUUGGCAUCCGAAAGGAUGGGACGCUAGUGUUUGGCUACCUGUCUGAGGAUGACAUCCUGGAUCAGAUAAACCCCUUCGUGCAGUUGAUCAGUGGGGUGGUGUGGCUGCUGAGAAACGGUGAGAUCUACAUCAGUGAGAGCAUCCAGGCAGAAUGUGACGAAACACAGAAGACCGGAAAAUUCCAGUACUUUGUGGACGUGAUAUCUGCCCGUACGGCAGUGGGUCACGAUGCAGAGGGCAAACUCAUCCUCUUCCACGUCGAUGGUCAAACGGGUGUAAGAGGAAUGAACCUCUGGCAAGUGGCAAAGUUUUUGAAGGAACAGAAUGUCAUUAACGCCAUCAAUCUGGAUGGAGGCGGCUCGGCCACUUAUAUCCUCAACGGAUCCCUGGCCAAUUACCCUUCAGACCACUGCAAAACUCCGAAGUGGCGCUGCCCACGGGCGGUUUCCACUGUGUUGUGUGUUCAUGAGAGGCUGUGCCAGCCGGAGGACUGCAGCGGACAUGGGCGUUGCGUGGAGGGCCAGUGCGUGUGCCAGCAGGGCUGGAGCGGCCCAGGAUGUGCCAAUCUCACAUGCCAGACUGAAUGUGGAGAGCAUGGAAUCUGCACUGAGAAUGGAUGUGUGUGCGAUGCUGGAUGGAUGGGUUUAAACUGUAGCCAAGUAUGUGCAGCAGGUUUCUAUGGCGAUGACUGCAAUCAAACAUGUGCAUGCGCAAACGGAGGCUCAUGUGAUUCUGUUCACGGACAGUGCACCUGUCCUGCUGGUUUCCAUGGAGGUUUCUGUGAGAGAGAAUGCCCUCUUGGAUUCUACGGGCUGAACUGCAAGCAGCCGUGCCAAUGCCACGACAUGUGCCCAUGUGAAUCUGUCACAGGAAGUUGCAACACCACAUACCAAGGAGAGAGAAACAUCAGCCUGCACAGAGCUGGUCACUGCCUGGCUACCCAGAUGUGGAGGGAAUGGAGACAAGAGGAGGAAGCUCAUGCUCCAAAACCCUAUUUGUCUGAACAAAGCUGGCUGGUUGUCUGCGCUAUCCUGGCAACGUCGCUGCUGGCCAGCCUCGCCGGUAACCUUAUCCAGACGUGCGGAAAAUGCAAAGCGCGCGGGCAGAGGGCGGACUACUCCUACUUGCCACUGGGAGAGAUCAACGGGUCCGUGGAGCGAAGCAGAGGACAGGGGAUGAAGUCUGGGAAAGUUCUUUUUCAGCAAGAAGACUCUGACUCGCAAGACUCCUCAUAACCGUGUUUCAAAAUGUAUGCGUUUGUGCAGGGUUAUGCAAUUUUGCCAUCCAGCAGAGAGCAAGCGAGCUAGCUAGCCAGAACAAGCCCUCAUUAGUCUGAGAACGAGGAAAGGGUUUGUUUGUUCCUGCUGUGAAUCGAUGAGCUUUUGGAAGGGCCUCUUCGUCUUUGGAUUGGGGCGCCCAAAUUGGCAAUGAUGGACAAUGAGAUGGGCGUUAGCAUCCAAACAGCUGUCUGCGUGGCUCAGUGCGUUCACAUUCGCCCCUGCUGAGUCUGUAGACGCCAGUUCAACACAUGCCAAGUGCCCUGAUUGUGCAGUUUGACUGCAUUUUGCACAUUGUCUUGUUUGUUUGGGUUUUCAGUACACUUUCACAGUAGCUGCUAGCAAUGUAAGAACCAGUUUCUCAAGUGACAUCAUUCAUAGUUUAAAAUACUAUUUCAUUGACCUCAGUGAAGACUUUUAUUUUGGUCUUCAGAUGAGAAGAGAAGCAAUAUCACCACAAAGCCUUUUUAUUGACAGAAUGGCCCAGUUGUUCCACCUGUUGCCAUAGGAACAGACGAGUUUUGAACUAUGAACUCUUUUUGAGGAAUCCUUCCUGCAGGAACUUGCCAAACUGCUAUUUUGAAACCGUUUUAUUGAAUGAUUUUUCUUCCUCCUGUGGCUCUAGAGGUCAUUCAGUUUAUUUUGAUUCCAGCCCUCAGCCCUUUUGUUUCUGUAAACGCCUUGCCAACUCCUGCCAGCCUUAUCAUGGUGCUGUUUUGUGUGUUGUCUUAGGCACUUAGAACCAGCCAUAGAAACACGAUAUGAAAAAAGAAAAAAAAAUCAAGGCCUGGAUUGUUUUCACACUCUCUAGGAAAACAAGAGAAGGACAUUUCUUUUGUGCUUAGCUCAAAGUUGCUUUUUCUUCUCUCUUUUCUAAAGCAGUGAAUCCGGUCUUUGGGAAGAGGUUUGAGAUGAAGUGUUUUGUCAGGUUCUGUUUUAACUCUGAAGCAUGACACAAAUAUUAUGGAAGAGGAACAUUUACUCGAGUCUGUAGUUCCGGUGUUGUUUCCUGUUUAGCAUUCAAAUAGAUUUAGGCUUGUCUUGUUUUAAGAGUUUAAAUGUUUCACUGGCAAACACCGAGACAUGUGGAAGGAUGAAUUUCAUUAAACCUGUCAAAACAUUCCAGAUCACAUUAAACUCCCAAAUCAACUGAAUAAAUAAUCAUAUUUUUCCCUUAAAAAUGAAUCCUAUUUUGGACUCUAAACUUCUUUUGUUUUUUUACCAUUUUGUGAUCGUAUUUAAAUGACCGUUAUGCACAUUUUCUCUGCCCACUUUUCAUCUUGAAUAUAUAAUAAUCUCUUAUUUCUCAUAACUGUAACACAAAAAAAUUAUAUCUGUUAAAUUGUAAAUUAUUUAUGCAUCUUGG